AGCCGUUACUUGAGCAAAGCUUUUCAUGUGUGGUCCAGGCAGAAUAAGUUCACCUCCACUUUCAUUAAUAGUAUCAUGUCUCAUGUGGAAACAGAGCAUGCUGUACCUGCUUGGAUGUUGCUUUCUAAGGUGGCAGGUUCUUCACCCAAGCUGGAUUAUUCCAAGAUCAUUGAAUCCUGGGACAAUGUCAGCAGGCAGCAGGACACGAGGACUGAUACUUCAGGACAUAUACUGUGUGUCAUCGGUCAUGUUGCAAAGCACCUUCCGAAAAGCACCUGUGAGAGGCUGAUUGAUAAUAUCAAGUGCUGGCUGAGGGAGUCUCAGUGUCCCUUGGAGGUGAUUAGCCCAGCUGUAGAAACUCUGCAGAAGCUCUGCCAUGCGUAUGCAGAUGUGCCGGAGGAGGCACAGGAGCUGCUCAACCAGGUGUGUGGAGAUUUAGUAUCCACCUGCGAAAGCUAUAUUUCGAAUGUAGUCCUCAAAGAGGAUGGAGCAGAGCAGCUGCAAGAAGAUCUCUUGGUGAGACACCUCUUCAUCUUGGGUGAGGCUGCACAGCUGUGUCCAGCCAAAGUGGAGAAACGCAUCUUUCUUCUGAUUCAGUCCAUUCUGGCUUCUUCUGUCAACGAGGACCAAUUGUCUAGUUGUCCAGAUGGUGAGGAAAUUCCAGCUUCUCAGCCACUGUCCCAAUUCAGAGGAUCAGCCAUGCCUCCAGUGGUCAGAGCUCAUGCAUUCAUUACUCUAGGUAAAUUGUGUUUACAGCAUGAGGAUCUGGCAAAGAAAUGCAUUGCAGCUUUAGCUCGAGAACUGGAGGUGUCACACGAUGUGGCUGUUCGCAAUAAUGUCGUCAUCGUUAUGUGUGAUCUGUGUAUCCGCUACACAUCCAUGGUGGACAGAUACAUUCCCAACGUUUCCUUGUGUCUGAAGGACCCGGAUCCCUUCAUCCGUAAGCAGACGCUGAUCAUGCUUACCAACCUUCUGCAGGAGGAGUUUGUGAAAUGGAAAGACUGUCUCUUCUUCCGUUUCAUCAGUGUCUUGGUGGAUCCAAAUCCAGAUAUUGCCAGGUUUGGAGAGUUCUGCUUGGUACAUCUCUUGCUGAAGAGGAAUCCCACAAUGUUCUCCCAACACUUCAUUGAGUGCAUCUUCCAUUUCAAUAGCUAUGAGAAACACGAGAAGUACAACAGGUUCCCCCAGAGCACGCGGGCAAAGGAUCUCUUCUCUCUGAAGGGAAAAGACAACAAAGAAAAAAGGAUGCGUAUCUACAAGUUCCUGCUAGACCACUUUACAGAUGAGCAGAGGUUCAGCAUUACAACGAAGAUCAGCCACAGCAUCCUAGCAUGCUUUGUGGAUAAGGUCCUUCCAUUGGACCUGGAAGCCAGUGAGCUGCUCUCGGAUACAUUUGCAGUCCUUAGCUGCAAAGAAAUCAAGCUUUCGACUAUGAGAUCAAAACCCGAUGAAGACAUUCAGCCUGAUGAAGAUGAAAUGGCAAUGGCCAACGCUGUCAUGCAGGCAGCACAAAAAAAGCUCAUCUCACAGGUUCAAAAGAAGAACUUCGUAGAAAACAUCAUCCCAAUAAUCACAUCACUGAAGUCUUUGAUGGAGCAGAAGAGGAUCCCAGCUCUUAGGGACCUUAUGAACUAUCUACGGGAAAUGAUGCAAGAUUACCGAAAUGAAAUCAAAGACUUCUUUGCUGUGGACAAGCAGCUGGCAGCCGAGCUGGAGUAUGAUAUGAAGAAAUAUGAAGAGCAGCUGGCCAGGGAGAAGGAGUCAGACCAAGAGCAAGUCUCGGCAGCGCAGGCAGAGCAAACUCCAUCUUUGGAGGCAGCUGUACCUUCUGGUGGCUGGAAUAAUAAUGCUCAGUCUCCUGUAAGCAGGAGACACUCCUUGCCACCUGGAUCAAGUGCUUCCUCUGUGCCUUCUGAGUUUACUACACCAAGCACUGAUGUUCUGAAACAGCCGUUACUCGGCCACAGGCCACCAUCCUUGAGCACACUUGCCAUCCUGAACUCUGCCAAGAAAGCAAUGCAAGCCAGAAGCAAGCAGCGCAGCAAGAGUGCCGGGGAAAGUUUGUCGGCUGUAUCACUUCCAUCAAGCACAGCUAGCAGUAAGCGAGUAUCCUUUCAAAGCCUCAUUCAACAGUCUGCCGGAGAAAAUGUUUCUGUGAUGGGCCGCGCAAACAGCACACCAGAACAGACCAUUAAUGACUUGACUUUUGGUGCUGGGGUCAGUUGCAUCAGCUUGACGCACACACCCGGUUCAGCUACAGAGAAGAAAGAGGCUGAGAACGAGCCAAGAGAUAUUAUCUGUUUGACAUCACUGGAGAAACCCCUGUCCCUGCCACGGGAGUGGAAAGUAGAAUCCCCAGCAAGGAAAAAAAGCAGCCAGCGCGUCCCUCUGAGACGGUCCCAGCGCAGAACUCCACUGAAACCAGACAACUGA